AUGUGGCCAAACCCUAACAAGUCGAAAGGCAAGGCUCCCGGGAGAACCAUCCGAGGACCCCAAGCUGCUGCACAAUGGGCCACCACACCCCAAACCCCCAUUUAUAAUCAAUAUGCGCAGCACCAGCCACCUGCGCCGCCGGGGCAGAUUCCACCGCCGCACAUGCAGCCUCAAGCCACGCCGCUGGGCAACGUCCAUAAUUACCAGGCACCGGGACAGCCGCAGCCGCCUCCGCCGCAAAAUCUGCCAACGCAGCACAUUGGCGGCGGGCACACCGUGACGCCCUUGCCGAACCAGAUGCAGCAGGGGUACACCCAGCCGCUGCCUCCCAACUCCAACGCCCACGGCUUCCUCAACCCUGGUGUCCAAGGCGCGCCGCUCUGGGACCGUUACCACCAACAGCCGUCCCCAGGAGGUCAGCAAUUCGAUGGACAAGAAUGGCAGAUCACGGGUCAUCCCCCGCCGCCGCAGCCGCCACAGCAGCCACAGGCCGGACCUAGCUCCGCUCCACCACCUCCUGGUCAGACUCCUAUCUACAACCAGUACCACAGUCAGGGCGGUCAACCCGGUCAAGGUGGUCAAGGUGGUCAAGGUGGUCAGGGUGGCCAGGGUGGUCAGGGCGGCGGGUAUGGUGGUGGGUAUGGCGGCGGGUAUGGCGGCGGGUAUGGCGGCGGGUAUGGCGGCCAUUAA